AUGGCAAGUUGCAAAAGACAAGACCAGCAGAAAGCAAAUCAAACUCCAAAAUCAGCAAAGCAAAGUCUGUGUGAAGCUGUGAAAGGGGCUUUUUCCUCCUGUCCCACCCGCCCGGUCAGCACCUGCCGUCCCCUCACUGGGCCCGAUCUCUGCGUGCGCCACGUUCCCUCAAACCAGGCGCUGCCUGGGGCCAUGGCACACAACAGACCAGUGGGCACCAGCACACGCGACCUGAGGGUGUGUUUGAGGGCUAUGACGGGCGUUACCAUCGUGAAGCCGAUCGUGUAUGGGAACGUCGCGCGGUAUUUUGGGAAGAAGAGAGAAGAAGACGGUCACACGCACCAGUGGACGGGGUACGUCAAGCCGUACAGAAACGAGGAUAUGUCUGCCUACGUGAAAAAAAUUCAGUUCAAGCUACAUGAAAGCUACGGUAAUCCUUUAAGAGUUGUUACCAAACCACCAUAUGAAAUCACCGAAACAGGCUGGGGGGAAUUUGAAAUAAUCAUUAAGAUAUUUUUCAUUGAUCCGAAUGAAAGACCUGUGACCUUGUAUCACUUGCUGAAGCUUUUUCAGUCUGAUACCAAUGCCAUCCUGGGAAAGAAAACUGUAGUUUCUGAAUUCUAUGAUGAAAUGAUAUUCCAAGAUCCUACUGCAAUGAUGCAGCAGCUGUUAACAACGUCUCGUCAGCUAACACUAGGUGCUUAUAAGCAUGAAACAGAGUUUGCAGAUCUUGAAGUGAAAACCAGGGAAAAGCUGGAAGCUGCCAAAAAGAAAACUAGUUUUGAAAUUGCUGAGCUUAAAGAAAGACUAAAAGCAAGUCGUGAAACCAUCAACUGUUUAAAGAAUGAAAUCAGAAAGCUUGAAGAAGAUGAUCAGUCUAAAGAUAUGUGACGAAUGUUGACUUCGUAAAGAGCCUAUCCAGCAAACGGAAGGACUUCAAUCAUGGAAUUGUAUGCGUUCUCCUCAAUUCUGUAACAGACUAUAUGGAUUUCACUUGCAAAUGAUUGAAGUCUGUGGCAAUUGACUUCAUAAAUGGAAGAAAGAA